AUUGUAUUUUAAUUAUUUUGUAUAUAAUCCCAAAUGAGAUGACUUUCCAAACAUUAUCAAAAAAAAUCUUAUUAAUUGCUGCAUUUUUUCUAUAUAUAAUAAUAAUGCCAAUAACUGCAGAAGGUAUUACAUGCUUCAAAUGUUUUGCAUCACAACCAGGAUAUGAACAAACUGACUUAUCAUGUUCUCAAUUUGAUGGAAGUUUUCGAUUUCAAGUACAUUGUCCUUCAUCCACACUUUGCAGAAAAAGAACUAUUUGUUACAAAUUUAAAACAUCUAUAAUCACAGCUGUAGAAAGAGACUGUGCACCUCAAAAACGUACAAUACCAAUCUAUAGUGAUAGUAAGUGGCAAAACAAAGAGGAAAUUGUGACAUCUGCUUACAAAGAAGGUUGUUUUAUUGGUGAAGAUAGAGGAGCACCAGUAGGUCCACCAGAAUACUGUUUCUGUGGUCACCAUUUGUGCAAUUCGUCACAAUCAAAUGAAACUAUUAAUAUAUAUCAUAUUUUUAUACUGAUAACAGUAUUACUAUUUGCAAUACUAUUAUGA